AUGAAUUCGAGCGACCCAGAAAAAGUGAUAGAGAAAUUGAAAAAACAUGAAGUGGUGUACUCUCGAGCAGACAAGGGAAAUGCAGUGGUUAUCAUGAAUAAACAGGAUUAUGAUACCAAAGUCCGUGACAUGAUAGCAACGGGCCCAUACGAAGAAUGCGCAUUCAAGAACGGGAAACCAAAAGAUCCUCUAAAUAUGCUGAUCGAGGAAGCCAACAUUGUCAGACAAAGAGUUGCCAACCUUAUUGGAGAUUCGAAACUAGAAAGGAAGUUCCUUGUUCCGAACGCUAAGGUUGCAUCUUUGUAUUGUUUGCCAAAAAUCCACAAAAAUCCCAUAGCCAUGCGACCCAUUUCCUCCAAUAUUUGUACACCCACGGAAAAAAUGGCAGCUUGGUUGGUAGAGGAAAUGAAGAAGUACCCGGUGAAUCACGGAAAAAGUGUAAAAAACUCGAUUGAGCUAGUGGAACACCUAAAAGGAUUCAAAGUGCGUCGAGGCGAAAUUCUGGUUUCAUUUGACGUCUCCGCACUUUUCCCCAGCGUCCCCACUUCCGAUGCUCUCGACAGCCUACGAAGACAUUUAGAACGCUGCCGAGUACCCCCCAAUCAGAUCGAAGCAUACAUCGCCGUCGCUGAAGUUUGCAUGAAACAAAACUAUUUCAUGUUUCGGGGUAAGUUUUAUAAACAGACCUUUGGCCUUAGUAUGGGUAGCAAACUCUCCCCCCUUCUGGCCGAAGUAUUCAUGGAAGAUUUUGAAACGGAUCUGGAGAAAAAAGAAAAACUCUUCCCCCGUGUUUGGUGGCGCUACGUAGAUGAUAUUUUUGCAUCCGUAAAAGAACGCUAUCUCCCACAGACACUCGAACUCCUCAAUAAUCAGCAUAGCUCGAUCAAGUUUACGGUUGAAAAAGAAGUUGAGGGAAAACUCCCUUUUCUUGAUUUGCUGAUUCAAAGAAAAGAGGAUAAUACCUUGAAAUUUGGAAUUUACCGUAAACCAACCUCAACUGAUAGAUACAUCACGGUCGACUCGAAUCAUUUUGGGGCUCAAAAACAAGCCGCAUUCCACUCUAUGGCACACCGGUUGUAUAAUAUUCCGAUGGAGAAGCCCGAGUUUGAAGAGGAAAAGCAGAAAAUAUACGAAGCCGGGAUUGUGAACGGAUAUGACAACGAAUUUGUUCGAAAAAUCCUUCGCAAACACGCCCGAAAAAAGCAUAGAAGUGAUACAACUACCUUCAGACCGGAAAAAGAAGAAUCUUACAGAGUUAGUCUACCAUUUCAUCCGAAACUAACUAAUGGAAUAAGUAAGAUUCUUCUACAACACGGAUUCAAAACUGCGUACAAAAGUGGAAAUACUUUUAAGGCUCGGCUAGUUUCACUCAAAGAUAGGAUUCCAGAAGAGGAAAGGUCUGGAAUUUACGAAAUUCCAUGUAAGAGUUGUCCAUCGAUUUACAUCGGCCAAACCCGCCGUAAAUUUAAAGUGCGGCUCAAAGAGCAUAAGAAUGCCGUUGAAAACAAAAGGAUCAAUGAAUCGAGCGUGGCCGCCCACACAACAGAAUUUGACCAUUCCAUUGACUGGGAAAAGGUCAAAUUUAAAAAAUGCGUACACAAACCUGGACACCUUAACGCUUGGGAGUCUAUGUUCAUCAGCACGGCCGAGAAACCGUUGAUGAACGAAGAUGACCCGCCGAUUAUAUCUCCACUUUUCAACCUGAUCAACCAAAAGUUCGCAUGA